AUGAAGUACAUCUCAUGGAAUGUUAGAGGGCUAGAAGCCCUAGACAAAAAGCAAAUUGUUAAACGUUUCUUGGACUCUAAUAAAGAUUUGGACUUUCUGAUGCUUCAAGAGCUUAAAACUAUUAAUUUUACCUUGGAUAUUAACCUUAAUUUCAUAUGGAAAGACUCCAUCAAAAUUUACUCCAAGCACCUUGGGGGUAAAGGUGGUGUUGGAUUGCUCAUUAACCCCAGAUGGUCAAACCAUAUUACUAACAAGGGUUGCUCCCCCUGUAAUAGGGCUGUUUGGGCCUCUAUUAAUGUUGACAACACCCUCAUUGGGGUGUGCUCUAUCUAUGCAUCCAAUGACUAUAAGGAAAGAAGUGCCCUUUGGGAUUGGAUUGCAUCCUUACCUAAUAUUCCUUGGAUCCUUGGAGGAGACUUUAAUAUGAUUGAGAAUUGUGAUGAUAAAAUGGGGGGUAAUGCUUUUGAAUGGAAAGGCUUUGAAAAAUCCCAUUGGGAUAGAAUGAAAUUUAAGAAAAAUCUGUUUGAUCCUCUUUUUGGUAAUAAGGCUAAUACAAGGGGUCUCUGGAACACUUGGUGCAAUUUCCAAAAAGGUUGUAAUAGAAUUUAUUGUAGACUUGACCAUUUUUAUGCCAAUAAAGAUGUUUUUUCAUUUAUCCAUAGUAACCAUGGCAAUUCUGUUGUUGUUUGGCCUUUUACUCUCUCACAUCACCACCCUAUUACUGCUCACAUCAAACUUGCUAACUCCUUACCUGCUAAUGUGGUGGGGCCUAAGAAGUUCAUUCUUAACACUAAUUUACUGAAAGAUCUUGAUGCUCUUGCUGCCAUUAACCUCAUCAGACUCCUAAAUAAGGAUAAUAAGAACUUAGCUUCGCAUAUUGAUCAAAAACUCCUGCAAACUAUUGGUCAAAAACUCCUGCAAACUAUUGGUCAAAAAAGGGCUAAAGACUCCAGAUUUGUGGAAAAGACUCUUAAUCUUAAUCUGCUUCACCUUGAAAAUGAAAUUCAGUUGACUCCUUCCUGCUCUGACCUUGCCAACCAAGUGGCGAAAACUAGGGAUGCCCUUAGAUUACGUCAGCAAGUUAAGAUCAAGAGGGCCAUGAUUAGAGCCCGUAGUCAUUGGCUCCAAUUUGGCGAUAAAGGAUCCAAAAUUGAUGAAAUUCAGAAAGCCAUCAACUCCCUCCACAAUGACAAAGCUCCGGGGCCUGAUGGGCUCCUAGUUGAGUUCUACAAAGCCAACCUUAACUGGAUUUGCUCUGAUCUUCUUGACAUAUAUAAUGAGGCCUUGGGUAAGGGUUCCCUUGGCAAUGUUAUCAAUAAGGGCACUAUUAAAUUCAUACCCAAGGAUGGUGACAAGGCCCUCGUUAAGAACUGGAGACCCAUUACCCUUCUCAAUGUGUCCUAUAAGAUCCUGGCUAAAAUGUUGGCCGUCCGUCUAGAAAAGAUCCUGCCCAAGUUUAUCUGCCCCACCCAAACCGACUUCAUUAAAGGUAGGUAUAUUCUGGAAAAUCUCAUCACAAGUUGGGAAGCCAUGGAAUGGUCUAAAGUUUCUGAUCAAGACACUACUAUGUUUCUCCUUGACUUUGAGAAAGCCUAUGAUAGGGUGGAAUGGGACUUUAUUAUUAUGAUGCUUGAAGCCUUUGGCUUUCCUAGUGAAUUCUAUACUUAUGUCAAGGUCCUCCUUCAAGAUGCCUCUACUCAGAUUGAUGUUAAUGGCUCCCUCUCCUCUUCCAUUAUGCUCUCUCGGUCCAUUAGACAGGGAUGCCCCUUGGCCCCUGCUCUCUUUGUUAUUGCCUCUGAUGCUUUAUUCUACCUCUUUAGGGAUAACUCCCUCUCCCCAAAGAUCUUAGAAAUUCAAAAGGCUAUUAGACACUUCCUUUGGUCUGAUGGCAAAGGUAAUACCAAAUUACACGCUGUUAACUGGAAGUGGUGCCAUACUAAGAAAUCUCUUGGUGGCCUUGGAUUAAAGGAUCUUAGGAUACAAGGUAUUGCCCUUGCGGCUAAAUGGAUCUUCCAUUCUCUAAAAGGUCAGGAACCUUGGAAGGUUUUAAUCAGACACAAUAUUGAGAGGGCUGUCCCUAAGAAUGCUAAGUCUUGGAAGGGCUUACCUCUCAUCGACCUUGUGGGCGGUGGUUUUCCUGUUUCUGUCCAGGGCACUUGUGUGUUCAAGUCUAUUUGGAAAGCCUGGGAACAUGUUAGGAGGUUUUUGGUUGCCUCUACUAUGAACGCUGAGAGGCACAAGCUCCUGAGGUUCCUCAAGGAUGGUCACGCCACCAUGUUCAUCAAUGAGAUGAAGGAUGGUUAUGAUUGGAGGCGCAACGAGGACAACCUAUCCUCCUUUGAGGAGGCUCUCAAGAAGCUGAACAACGAAAUUAAAGAUAACAGGAAGCCCUCCUUUGCCCAAGUUGAGAUGCUGACACAGAUUCAGAGUCAAAAGACCAUUGUUUGGAUGGAAGGACCUAAGGGAUGGGUGGCAUGGGUUGAACCCCAUGAUGACACCCUCUCUUGA